AUGAAGUCUUUCGGAUUUGCCCUCGCCGCCCUCUCAUCCGCGGCCGCUGUAGCCGGACAUGCUACCUUUCAGCAACUCUGGAUCAACGGCGAGGACCACGAGUCGUCAUGUAUCCGUAUGCCGCGCAACAACAGCCCAGUGACCAGCGUCAGCUCAAACGACGUGCGGUGCAACGCCGGCCCCAGCCCGGCCGCCAAUGUUUGCGAAGCUAUCGCCGGUGACAAGAUUGCCGUUGAGAUGCACGAACACGACACCCGUGACUGUUCCAGCCCGGCCAUCGGCGGAAACCACUUCGGUCCCGUCAUGGUGUAUCUCAGCAAGGUCGACGAUGCCACCACGGCCGACGGAUCGACCCAGUUCUUCAAGAUUGGCGAGUUUGGCUACGACGCCGCCUCCGAGAAGUGGGGCACCGACGUGCUCAAUGACAACUGCGGCAAGUUCGAGGUCUCGAUUCCAAGCGACAUCCCUGCGGGUGACUAUCUUCUCCGGGCGGAAGCUAUCGCUCUUCACGCGGCCGGUCAGGAGGGAGGUGCCCAGUUCUACAUGUCUUGCUACCAACUUCGAGUGUCUGGAGGUGGUGGCUCGACGCCGGCUGGUGUUAGCUUCCCAGGUGCUUAUUCGUCUAGCGAUCCCGGUAUCAAGAUUGAUAUCUGGGCCUCGGAUCUCAGCAACUAUGAGAUUCCUGGACCUUCGGUGACUGCCUGA